AUGCUUAUGAUUUUUGGGGCGGAAAUCGAAAAUAAAGUUGAGUUAUUACACUUCGGAGAUCAAGUAACGUUUUACUCGAACGAUGAAGAUGGUGGAUUGCUAUGUAUGGAGGGUCAAAUUAGCAAUAAACCGAAUGUUACACGGCUUAAUAGCGAAGGGAACUUUACAUCGUCGUUAACAAGGGAUUGUCGGUUCUUUAUACUUGCUAUGCAAAAGUAUCUGAAUGAGAAUUGUUUGGAAAAUGAGACGAGUUUUCGACCAGAUAAACUAAUUGAGGAGUCCGGAUGUGAUAAUGAACAAAACAGCAAAAUGAAAAGACGUUUACAAGAGUCUUUGGUUUAUUAUGGUAAUAUUAUCCAGCUUCUUCAUGUAAAAUCAAAUAAAAUACUUCGAGCUAAAAAGGAAUUAUCACCUGAAUUUAAAGAUGCUUCUGUACGUUUUACUUUGGAAGAAUAUCAAGGUGAUGAAUCAUGGUUUAUCAUUCAACCAUCAUACAAACACAAACAAAUAGGUGAUCCGGUUGUGAUUGGAGAUAAAGUGACUCUAUUUGCUUGUCGCGCUGGUUGUGCAUUGAACAUUAAACAACUUAAUUCAAAUCUUAAACAGCAUAAAUUAAUGUCUGAUACUGAUCAUCAUGGAAUUAAUAGUCAUAAUAAUAGUGAUAAUAAUAAUACCAGCUGGCAAAUUAAUCUUUAUUUGAGUUAUCAAGAUAAUUUAGAACAUAUAUUGAAAGGGGGUGAUGUCAUCAGAUUGUUUCAUAGUGAAGCAGAAAAAUUUCUCACUUGUGAUGAAUAUGAAAAUGAAUUACAUGUAUUUUUGCGUACCACAUUUCGAGUGGCUACCACUACGGCCAAAAGUUCAAAAGCAUUAUGGGAGGUUGAGGUAAUUCAUUCGGAUUGUAGGCGUACUGGAGCUGGACACUGGAACAGUUUAUUUCGUUUAAAACAUUUAAUUACUGGACUAUAUCUCUGUCCUAAGAUUAUCAAAAUAAACAAUAAAUCUGGAGAACAAUGUGCUUCUUCUAAACAAGAGCGAGAUGGUGGUUGUAUCGAAUCCUUUCUUACUUUAUCCAAAGAACCAACAUAUGAAACUGUUUUCGAGAUGGAUUCAACAAGUCAUUAUAAAGAAAGUGAUGGAUUUAUACCAAAUAAUGCAUUUGUACGUAUUUGUCAUACAGCCUCACGAAUGUGGAUUAAAGCUAGCGAAAUUCCUAUUGACACUGACGCAGAUAAGCCUAUUAUGUACAAGCUUCAUCUUACUUCGUUUAAAGAUAACAAAGAAGUAUUUGCUAUUCUUCCGGUACCAGCGAAUGUUGUGAGAGAUUUGGAUUUUGCCAGUGACUCUUUCAAAGCACUUACAGCUAUUCUCUGUAUGUUGAAUGACCAUGGGAAGUUGACCGAAACUCAAAUGAGAUCACUUAUAUUUAUUCUAUCAGAAUUAGUAAUGUUUCUUAAUGGGAAUACACGUUUAACAUUUGAGUCGACCAAUCCAACUAUACAAAAUGAAAUAGGCUUACGGGAUAGACAGAAAUUAUUACGUGAACACAAUAUUAUUGCACAAAUAAUUAAAAUAUUAAACAGUAAAAUGAUUAGCAAUUUACCAAAACAAUCUACAUCCAUUGUCAAUAAUCAUUUAAUUAAUUCAAAUAUUUUAAUUUGGAAACCAGAUAUUUCUUUACUAUCUAUUCUACAUGAAACACAAUCAAACACAAUGGAUACACAGCAACAAAAUGUUUAUUUAGAUGAAAAAAAUGAAAUACUAGCCUGGCAAACUGUUGGAAAUCUUUGUUAUCGAAUACUUACAUUAUCACAACAUGGUUAUAGAAAAAAUCAGGAGUAUUUAGCACAAUAUCUGAAUUUGAUGCAAACUCACAUUGGCUUAGGUAUAAGAGCAUCAGAGACAAUUACAGCUCUGUUACAUAACAAUCGACAGUUACUUGAAAAACGUGUUGGUGAACAAGAAGUUUCUGCAUUUGUUUCGCUAGUACGUGACAAUAUUGAAGCACGAUUUUUGAACUAUUUAUCAGCGUUAUGUAGUUCUUGUGGUGCAGCAAUUCCUGUUACACAAGAACUUAUAUGUCAUCAAUUAUUAUCUGAGAAUAACGAAGAUUUAUUAGUGGAAACAUGCAAUAAAACAUUAAUUGAUUCAGAUAGCAACUAUUCAACAGAUAUUAUUACAUUAAUCUGGAAACAAACAUAUUUAAUAGAUGAUGAUUUUUGGAAAAAUAUUAAUUCUAAUUUAAUAUUAAAUCAAUUUGAAUUUAAAAAAACACAAAAAUAUUUACAAUUCAAUCUUAAUGUAUUAAAUGAUAUUAUUAAUCAAUCAAAAAAUGAAUUAAAUGAAAAAACAAAACAAAUUACAUUAUAUUGUUUAAUAUUAGAUUAUUAUCAAGCACAAAUUGAUUUAUUUGCACUUUUAUGCCAAGAACGACAAUAUAUUGCUAUUAAUUAUUUAUCAUUAAAGUUAUCAAUUGAUUUAUUAUUAAAAUGUAUGAGGAAUGAACGGCUUAGACCUAGUCUGCGUGCAUCUUUUACUCGGUUAUUAUUAAGUCUUCAUGUAGAUCGAGAUCCUCAAGAAUUGCAUCAACCCAUUCAGUAUGCUCGUCUAUGGAGUACAUUAGGCACAAAUUAUGAAAAAGCAAAUAGUUCUACAAACGAACAAGGAAAUUUCACAACUGAUUUUAUGGAAAUUAAAAACUUUGUAAAUGAUUAUUUGGAUAAUAUGCUGUCCAAUGGUUGUUAUUUAUCUGAACCCGGUUAUAUUAAAUUAACAAAUGAGGUCAUCAUUCUUUCUAAAAAUCUGGUAUUUUUUGGGCUUUACAAUAUUAAAGAAUUAUUACUUCUUGGUCAAAAACUUAUAUUCAUGCUCAAUCAAUUGGGGAGUACAAAUGAUUUCAAUUCUAAUAUAUACAAAAUGAAAGAGAUGAACACCUCUUCAACACUACUGACUAGUUCAAAUGAUGAUAAACUAUUUGAUUUAAAAUUAAAAACUCUGGAUAUUAUUGAAUAUAUUUUGGACGUUCGUGUAGAUUAUCAAAUCUUCUGUUUAUUAACUACUCUUCGAAGCGUUAAGCAACCAGAAGCUUGUUCAAAUAACUUAGAGUUAGAGAAUUUGGAAAAAGAGCAAACUUUAGAAUUGUCAAAUGCAGUUAGAAAUCAGCUUUUAACAUUAUUUCCUUUAAACAAUUCAUCACAAAUUCUUGAAAUAAAUGAUUCGCCAAAAUCUAAUUCAACAGAAGAUAAAUUAACUAUUCUUAAUGUAGAUGGUUAUUAUGGUCAAUUAUUGAUUGGUGUAUUGGCUCGUUUAUGUAUAUCAACUAAUGUUGAAUUAAAGUUAAAAUCAUUACAAUUAUUAUUUCGACAUUUUAGUCAACAAGAAGAACUGAUCAAUAAAUUGAAACAUGUACAACUUUUAGUAUCAGAUACAGGAAUAAAAAUUUAUCGUCAACUUAAACAACAUUUAGAUACAUUACGUGGUUUAAUUGAAAAAUCUGAAUUAUGGAUGCAUGAUAAAAGUUGUAUGGUUAUGUCAAAUAAUAAUAAUAAUAUCCAAAUUUACACUCAAUGUAAUUGUAUGAAUAAUUAUAAUUUGGUUAAAGAUAUACUAUGUCAUAUAAUAUCAUUAUGUCAAUUAGAACAUAAUGAUUUAUUGACUUCAACCAUAGAACAGAAAUCAACUAAUGUCAUAGAUGCUCUUAGUAUUGAAAUUAGUACACGAAUAAAUAAUAGAAUACUUAAAACUAUGGAUAAAUCAUUAUCAUCAUCAUCAUCAUCAUUUCCUUUUGAACAAAUACAACAACUUUUACGUCAUUUAGGAGUGCAUACUAUCUUGAAAGAAUUAUUGAAUAUUCGAUUCAAAUGUACCGAUGUUGUAUUCAAUGAGAUUGUUCAUUUGACCAAAUAUAUUUUAUGCUUAUUUUGUUACAACAAUGAGAUCAAUCAAAAAUUGUUAUACCCAUAUCUAGAUAAAUUCAUCACAAAUGAAACUGAUGAUGCUGAAGUCUGUUUGUGGAUGUUAAAAGAUAAUACGGAAUUGUGCAUGAUGGUUGACCGUUCAACCAUUAGAAAACUUUGUUUUUUUGCCCAAAAAUCCCGUCCAUAUGUGCAUUGGCUCGAAGUGCUGAUAACAGUUGUGAAACCGAACGAUGAAGUAUUAGGCCCAGUACGAGAAAUGAUUUCAAAUGAGCUUUGUUCAAUGUUUGACGACACAUUAUUCCUGAUGAAUAGUUUUUCACGUGUCCGUAAUAUUUUGGACUCACUUUUGUUGACAAUAACCUAUUCUAAUUCAUCAGUGUGGUCUGUCGUUAAAUUUGUUGACAAUACAUCUAAGCAAGAUUUACUGUUUAAUUUGAAAUUUUUUCAUCUAUUGAAUAUACUACUAACUGAAGAAAAUGAUAUUUUAGUCAAAAAAUAUAGUAAAUGGUUUAAAUUAUCUGAAUUAAUUAAAGUCAUCAUUCAUCCAGUUACUAAGUGUCAUAACUUGUGUCAUUUGAGAAAUGUUUAUAUGGAAAAUUUGGCCAACUUCUGUUCAAGUACUGAUUUCAAAAAUAAUUUUGUAAUACAAUAUAGUGAAUCAUUAUCUUUUCUUUGGAGAGAUAUUACUGAAGAACUAGACAAAGUCUUUCUCAAUAACCCAUCGAGUAAUGAUUAUAAAAUAUUUCUCAGAGAUUCUAUUCUUCCAUGUGUUACGAAAAUGUUUGCCAACAUUCAGUUACUGGAACAUCAACAACCACAGUUUCAUCUAGAUGCAAGUUGUUAUUUAAUGCAUAAACUGAUGCAAAUAAACAAUGAUCCAUUACUAGGUCCAGCUUCAAUCGAAUGUUCACAAAUGAUAAUGCGUACAGUCCCUUCAGAAAGUCUUUCAGUUUUGUCAGAAUUCCCUUACAGACAGGACAUUUUUACGACAAAUUCUUAUGCGGAUUUACAUAAAACACUUGAAGACAAAAACACUUCUACCAGUGGCAUUACAUCUGAUGACUUGAUAGAUAGUGGAUUGCAGGAUGAAAAUUCACUCGAUUCAAAUAUGUUUGAAACAGUCAGUGUUAAAACUGUACAAAAAUGUCAUAUGAGUAAAAGUUUGAGUGAAGUUCAAAUGAGUCGACCUAUGGAUGAUACCAAUCGAUCAUUAUCUCAAAACUUUGCGAAGAAUAUAGAAAAGCAGUUCAAUAAUAUGAUUAAAGAAAUUGAGCUUCAACUUAGUGCAUCUAUCCAUAAAGAAUAUGAUUCAUUGAUUCGAUUUCUACAAUAUCCAAUGAAUUUCAUUGAAUUACAAGAAAUAUCAACAUUAGUCAGAAGUGAUAAUUUCUCAUACAAUGCAUUUAUAGCCUCAUUGGUUCAACAUGCAUAUGAUUUGAUUGAACUAGGUUUCGAAAGUCAAUUUGUCAAGCUUUUACAAGUUUUCACUUCUUUAUCUAAAGCGCCUAUGAUGGAGUCUGUACCAUUGGAAAUGAAAUGGAGUUUGGAUGGAUUAUCGAAUACUGGUCAAAAUUCAAUACAUUAUUUUCUGUGUUCAAAUGGAAUUUGUGAUCUGAUUAUUCGAUGCAUAGAAAAUCCUAAUACUUCUGAAACAAUUUUUGUCAUGGCAAAUGAGUUGGCGAUUAACCUUUUAAAACACAGUAAUAAAUAUGUACAGGAAUGUUUCUAUAUUAUUCUGUCAAAACCUAAACAACAUGAAGAUUUCUUUAGUUCUAUGUUUCAACGUUUCCACAAUGCUUAUAGUCAAAUGGAUAACUUAACAAAAAAUAGAUUCUUUUCUAAAGAAGAAUUUGCAAAAACUACAAAUUAUUUAGAUUGUCUCAAUUCAAUAAUAACUGGCAAGAAUAUAACAGUACAGAUAAGUUUACAAUUUUUACAAACCCUAUGUCAUAGAAGUAAUUUAAAACUUCAGGAACUUUUGCGCGUUCAACCAAAUAAUGUGACCAAUUACAAUUUAAUUGAAGAAAUCAAAUCGUUACUUAUUAAUUUGUGGAAAAUAAAUGAUAGAUUAAUUAAUGCUGUUACCACUGACAGUAACAACGACAACAGCUGUAGUAAUGAUAGUAAUAAUAAUAGUGAUACACUGAGCUAUUCUGAUGUUAAUCAUAAAACACUACAAAGUAAACAGCAAUGUUUCACCAGUACGAUAGUUGAAAAUUUACCAAGAUUUACUGAAAACAGUACGUUGAAAAUUGUACAGAAUAAUAUGAACAUUAUGGAACCAACAACGAUAGGUCAGAGGAAAUUUGACAAAUCAUCAUUCCUUGAAGUGAAUCACAAUCAACAAAGUGUGCAAACUCAGAAAAAUAGUAAUAAUUCAGUGCAUUUUAUUCAACCUGAAAUUAUAAUACUUAUUUUAACUUGUCUAAUUAAAUUUUGUCAAGGUCCUUGUGUAAGUAAUCAAAAUGAUAUUCUAUUUGGAAGUCCGAAUAUUUUGGGUUUACUAGUAAACUUGGUACUGAGUACACCAAAAUGGAUUAGAAACCAUAAAAUCGAAGACAUAACAUGUUCACUUGCGGAAAUCAGUUGUCUAUCAAUUAAGCUACUGUUAGCUGUGUUAGAAGGUCGCCAUGAAGAUAAAGUUUAUCAACAACUAAUAGAACUCUGUCCAUUAGAUAAGUUAAUAAGUUCAAUUCGGUAUUAUCAUAUUUUGUCAGAGGAUUCGGAUUUCACAGCGAACCAUCCACGUGAAUCAUUUCAUAAAUGUGGACAUUUGUUAUUUAUAUUGACACAAUAUCUGUAUAAAUGUUUCCCAGCAAUUUUUAAACAUAUGAAGAUAUCUGAGGAUCAUAAUAAUAAUAAUAAUCAAUUGCUAAGGGUAAAAUGGUCUGAGCCAAAUUCUUACAAUACUACAGAAGGGCGAAAUUGUUUUUAUGAAAUGAAGUGUACAGAUCAUAAUAGUAUUCCGUUUAUUGGUACGGGAAAGUUGGAUUUGAAUAGCACUAUUAUAAAACGUUUAAUUAAGAGUAAAAGUGAUAACAUUUUAAGCCUUCAGCAUUAUACAAUGAAUACAGCACAGAUAGAGAUCGUGCGUGCAGACAAUAAAAUUGAACGAAUAGUUUAUCCAAUUCCUAAAAUAUGUCAUUAUUUAACUGAUUCUAAAAAGUAUCAAUUAUUAGCAAUAAACAAUAUGGAUAAUGAUUAUUCAAAAAUUCCUUCAUUAUUUAAAAUAAUUGAAGAGAUUUAUGCUGAAAUGUUAUGUGCUGAACAUAUGCAUAUUCAUCCAUGGAUUCACUGGUUUUCACUGCGAUCCCAUUGGAUAUCGGAUGCAAGUUUUUAUCGAACAUUAUGUUUGAACUGUUUAUUAAUUGGUUUCUAUCCAUUUCGAGGAGAAAUUUUAUCUUAUAAUUUCUAUAAUUUGGAAACUCAAAUUACUAUAAUACCAAUUGCCAUAUUCGCUGUUGUAUUAUGCCUUGUUUCUUCAAAUCAAUUGUUAGUUCAAAUAUACAUUGGAUUAGAAACUUUAUAUUUGUUAUUUACCUGUGGUAAUGAACAUGUAAUUCUUGUAUUAGGACUAACUAAUUUCAUUUUCAGAUUUGCAAAUCUACUCAUCAUUUACAAACAAUAUCUUCUUAUAAAAAAUUAUAAAAAUUGUUUAUUCUCUAAUGAAAUUAAUAUAAAUGAAACAAAUUGGAAAUAUUUAGAAGUUAUAAAUAAUAAAGAAAAAAGAAAAUUGGUCAAUGUCAAAAACAAAAUUUCAUGUCUACAUUCAUCAUCAUCAUCAUCAUCAUCAUCAUCAUCAUCAUCAUCAUCAUCAUCAUCAUCAUCAUGGUGGAAUAAUAUUUUCUUUACUGUACAUGAACUGAUGAGAUAUAUUCAAGGAUCUUUAUUUAAUUUAAAAAUUCCAAAUAUAAAUCAACUACAUUAUAAAUUAAUACAUAAUUUCAUAUUGAUCAUAUUUACUGGUUUUGGAAUUUUUAUACAUCCUUUCUUUUAUAGUCUUGUAUUACUUGAUGUGAUCACACGUGAAGAAACAUUGUUGAAUGUUGUACGAUCAGUGACUAAAAAUGGUCGGUCAAUUUUCUUAACUGGAAUUUUAGCACUAAUCAUUAUCUACUUAUAUUCCAUCAUUGGAUAUGCUUAUUUUCAAAAUGAUUUUACUAUUGAAAUCGAUUUAACAAAUGACAAUGAAACUGUUGGUAGUACAGAACGUCGAUGUGAUUCACUACGUAUGUGUAUAUUGACAACACUUCGAGAAGGACUACUAAAUGGUGGCGGAAUCGGUGAUGUACUCAAACGUCCAAGUAAUAAGGAUAAUUUAUUUCUUUUUCGAACAAUCUAUGAUUUAUCAUUUUUUGUAAUUGUUAUUGUCAUUAUAUUAAAUUUAAUAUUUGGUGUAAUUGUGGAUACAUUUGCGGCACUUCGUCAAGAAAAACAAAAUACUGAAGAAUUAAAUAAAAAUCAUUGUUGUGUUUGUGGACUACAUCGUUCAGCAUUUGAUCAUUCUAAUACAAGCUUUGAUGAACAUGUUAAUGUUGAUCAUAAUGUAUGGCAUUAUAUAUAUUUUAUAAUAUAUUUAAAAACAAAGUUAACCGAUGAUUUAACCGGUCUAGAAAUCUACAUUGAUAAACUCAUCAAGAAAAAUGAAUUCAAAUGGAUACCACGUAGACGAGCUAUGACUUUGGAUAACAUAGAAAAUGGUCCUACAGAAAAAUCUGAAGAAAUUACCGCAUUAGCUAAUUCACUCAAUAAAACUAUCAAAGCAAUGGAUACACUUAAUGAAAGCUUCCAAAAAUUGUCUAAAUUGAUUAGUAAACAAUGCAUGGAAAAAUCUAAAGAGCAAUUACUUUCUUCAAUAUUCAAUUCUGUUACAAAUAAUAAAAAAAUGAAGAUGGAAAAAUGA